AUGAAUUUUGACUGCAAUUACGACUACGGUAACCUUCCGCUAGAGUACAGUAUACUCUUGAUAAGUAUCGUUACAAAUGUAGCUGUUCUGAUUGUAUUCAAAAAGAUAUUAACUGAUGAUAAUCGAUAUGGAUGUGUGCUGCAGCUUAACAGUGGGGCUAUGAUUAUAAACUCGGUACUCAAAGCUGUUACUAGGGUGGUAAGUUUCAUUUGUUAGUUUUUGAGAAUCUGUUUUUACCUUUGGUUAGCCCUAUUCUUAGUUAUAGCCCUAGCUUUAGCCCAGAGCCUUAGCCCAGAGCCCUAGCCCAGAGCCCUAACCUAGAAACUUAGCCCAGAUUUUUAAUCCAGAGUCCUAGCUUUAGCCCCAGCCGUAGCCCUAAGCUCUACAUAAGGCUACUCUUAGCUUUAUUCUGUUAUUUGCCUAAAUUUAUGUAUUACUGUAACUUAGCUCUACCUCAUUUAAAACCUGUUUUAAUUUUACAAAUAGUUUAGCAUUUUUACACCGAAGAUAUGAAGAUGUUCGCUAGAGUAGAAGGGUUACUGAUACGCCGUCUACUGAAACAUGUGCCAAUUCUGUUUCAAUACGUUAUCAUUGUGAUAGAUAAGAUUGGUUGCUACUUUAUCAUUUUUACCACUGUCAUACCGUUUUUCUGUCGAUAUAUUAUUGUUGUCAAGUAAGUCAUUUUAUUAAAAUUAAAAAAAAUAUUUUUAAUUUAAAAAUUUAAAAAAAAAAUCUUUUAAAUUAAACAUUUUUCAGAAACAGAAUUCCAUCAUGUGCCGACUACUACAAGAUAGUAGGAUUUGGUCUUUUUAUGGCCGCAUUUUUUGGUGGAUUACCAGCUAUUAGCUCUUAUUUUAGCAUGAAUCAAGUGUACCAAUCAAUGGACAUAGAUGGAGAGUUACUGAGUCAAAGCUGUCCUAAUCCAGCAUUACCUUUUAUGGUCAUGCUCGGGGUAGUUUUAACUUUUUAUUCUUUCUUCUUCCUUCUCCUCGGAACUUUUAAAUUUCAAAAUUAAAAUAUUUUUUUUUGUUUUUUUUUUGUCUAGGUUAAACUUGGCAGCCCGGCAGUGAUGAAAUUUUUUAUGUUCCUCACAACAAGAGUACUGUAUCAUAAAGUGCAAAAAAUAAAAACUGUUUCAGAGUCAUGUAGGAGAACAACUAAAAGCCUCGACAUUACUGUUUGUAGUCAUCGGAUCAUACGGUAUUAUCUACUACUGUACGACCAGAGUAGCUUGUCAUAUUAGACAUGGUCAAGAAGUUGUGUCUCAAAAGACCCGCGCUCUACAAGAACAAUUACUUUUUGCAAUGCGAAUUCAAGCCGCAGUACCAAGUUUCUUUUCGUUGGUACCGUUCUUGAUUUCUGAUGUUGCUUUUGUAACUCAAUAUUAUCCAAAUGAAGCUUUGUUCCUAUUAUACAUUAGCUUGUUAAGCUUGAAUUUCAUCAAUCCAAUGUUGAUCAUCUUUACUGUGAAGGAAGUCAGAAGACAAUUGUUUGCUAGAUUUAUACCUGGCUUGGACGUGAAAAGGGAUAUCCGUGUUGCUUCGUCUGUGCUCUGUAAGUUUGACUUUAAUAUUAUACAUCUAUAGAAUUUGGCUAUACAUAAAAAUAUUAGUCCAGCCCUAGGCCAAACAUUCCAAAAAUUCAAUUCCCAGCCACAGAAUUACCGAGCUGGUUAUUGUGCUAACCUCAAUUUAGGCUAUAAAUAGCAGAGAACAAUCUCCAAUGAAGGGGGGGGUAAUAAAAUCAGCACUUGCGUUUUGAUUGGGUUCUCCUUUGAAAGAAUAGAGAACUCUAAUUUUCUUUUUCUCUCUGCGCCUCUUCUUUGCGCACUUUCUCUCUUUUUGAUCUUUCUUGUUUUCCAGGGAACGAAAAAGGAAAUUGAUUGAACCAAGUGGCAAGAACUUACUUUACAAAAACGAAAUUGCAAAAACUUUCUUUACAGGGCGUAAAAUAACAAAAACUGUCUUUAUAGUGCGUGAAAUAACAAAAACUUUAUUUACAGCGCAUAAAAUCGCAAUAACUGUCUUUACAGUGCAAAAAAUAAAAAGUAAAGUAAAUAAAAAGAUCAGGAGCAAAAAGAAGAAAUGAUAGAGUAGAAGAACAAUAAAUAAAGAAAUGUGUACGAUCAUAGCCCGUUGAACGCACGCCAUCCCGUCCGAUCUGGCAAGUUAAGCAACGGUGCGCUUGAUUAGUACUUGGAUCGGAGACGUCCUUGGAAUCUCAAGUAGCGUACGCUUUUUCGGGUAUUUUGACAGUUUUUAUGCAUAGACAUAACAUUUUUGACUAUUAUAAAUGUUUUUAAUGUAUUUCUAUGACUAUUUUUAAAUUUUUUUGCUAUAUUACACUUAACUUUGUAUACUUAACAAUAAUAUUUAAAAAAAUCUUGUGAAGACAUAUAUUUUUUAAAAGUGUUUUUCAUAUAAACUAUACCUUGACAUUUUUUACCGUACAAAAGCUUUGUAUAAAAUUUUAUGAAUUACAAUAUUUCAGAGAUUAUACUUAUAUCUUUUUACCCUUUUUUAGCUUUCACCGGUAGCCACAGUGGAGCGUCGUGGCGAAAAAACAGCCAUUUUUAA